AUGACCGAGGAUACGACAAUGGCCAAACCCAAAGAUUUCAACACGAGCCACGAUAAUGCUCUCGACAUGGAGCCUGGAGUUGAAGGGUCUGGAACGAUGGAAGAAAUAUGUCGGGACAUGAAGUCUCGUCACAUUAAUAUGAUUGCAAUUGCAGGAAUGAUUGGAACCGGCCUGUUUUUGAGCUCGGGGUCAGUGAUUGCGACUGCAGGACCGGCGGGUGCAUUUAUCGCUUACAUUAUAAUGGGUAUCGUUACUGUUGGCGUUUCGUAUACUACCGCCGAAAUUACUUCUUUCGUGCCCUCGACAGGAGGAUUCGUUCGCCAUGCGACGAAAUUCGUUGAGCCUGCACUGGGUGCAGCUACUGGUUGGAAUUUUUGGUAUACCAUGGCUAUCUCGGUACCAGCAGAGAUAAGUGCUGCGGCUACAGUUAUCCAAUUCUGGAAUACUUCCAUCAACUCAGCGAUCUGGAUUUCUGUAUUGCUGGUUCUGAUCAUAUUGCUGAAUUUAUGUGGAGUUAGGCUUUAUGGAGAGUCUGAGGUUGUCUUUGCAUCACUCAAAAUUAUGUUGAUCAUCGACCUCAUCAUCGGUGGGCUCGUCAUUGACCUGGGCGGUGCCCCGAAUCAUGACCGUAUAGGUUUCCGAUACUGGAACGAUCCAGGGGCCUUCAACACGACGAUUGAAACAGGCUCAACGGGUCGAUUUUUGGCAAUCUGGAGUGUGCUGGUUUCAGCUGGUUUCAGCUACGGGAAUAUUCAGGUCGUUGCCAUUUCGGGCUCAGAAACACAGAAUUCACGACAGAUCAUUCCUGCAGCCACUAAGAAGACUUUUUUCCGUAUUUUCUUCUUUUAUGUGCUGAGUAUCUUCAUCGUUGGCCUGAUUGUACCUUAUAACGAUAAGCAACUACAAAUCUCGACAGGCACUGCACAACAGUCCCCAUUUGUUAUAGCCUUCCAACGUUCCGGAGUCUCCGUCAUCCCCUCCAUCAUCAACGCUGUCGUCUGCACAUCAGCAUUCAGUAGCGGCUCUGCUUGUAUCUUCAUCGCCUCCAGAACUCUCUACGGCUUAAGCCAGGACGGCCAUGCACCCAAAAUCUUUCAGAGGUGCAACCGUUUCGGCGUUCCUCAUUACGCCGUGGGCUUGACGUGCGUUUUGGUUCCGCUCGUGUAUUUGAAUGUGGGCAGUAAUACCUGUGUCGUUUUUGGGUGGUUUGUUAAUAUUACGACUGUGGCUGGGUUGAUUGGGUGGAUUGUGAUUGAGGUGACGUAUUUGAGGUUUUUUUAUGGACUGAAGAGGCAGGGUAUUUCACAAAAUGAACUUCCUUAUCGUGGUCCGCUACAGCCAUACGCAGCGUGGGCAACUUUACUCAUAGUGUUUCUUAUUGUAUUCUUCUUUGGCUUCAGUGUCUUCGUCAAAGGCCACUUCACGGCCUCCGGAUUCUUGACUUGCUACCUCAACGUUUUCAUCUUCAUAGCUCUAUAUGCUUGCUUCAAACUUUUCAUGAAGUCCAAGGUAAUACCUUUGUCUGCCCUGGACUUCCAGGCCGAGCUUCAGUCUAUCAGGGAAGAAGAACAGUAUCGGUCACAAACAGCGAAGAUCGAGGAUGACAAGUCAUCAACACUUCUUGGAAAGAUUUCUCGGGUCUUGCAUUCUAUAUAG